AUGGACGCACUCAUCGACGAAACCUUACCGCUAUACCCCGGGGCCGUAACCAUAGAGAGACUUUCCUCGGAGAACUACGAACUCAAGGGCACCGGUAUUACCAUCAAAAAGGGUCACGUGGUGCACAUCCCAACCUACGCCAUACACAGAGACCCGGAUAACUUUGCCGAUCCCGAAGUGUUUAGACCGGAAAGGUUUUUGUCGGAAAAUAUAGCCCACAAUCCCUAUACGUAUCUACCAUUUGGUGCCGGCCCUCGAAACUGUAUUGGCAUGCUAUUAACUAAGUUGGAGAUUAAAUUAGCCCUGAUCAACCUAGUUGAUAGAUACGUAUUACACGCUACAGAGUCCUUACAUACAGUUCCCGACAUCUGCAGCGACUUAUUAUGUACUCCCGAAUCAAACGCCUGGACCCAACUGUCCGGACACACUUUGGGGGCAAUAUUCUGCAAACACCGUCGUAACGUUCCCAUAGCUUUAGCCGAGAAGUUGAUUGAGUCGACGGAGGAUAUCAAUGAGAAGCAACGAUAUGUGACUGAAUUGCAGCGCCUAUUAAGCGGCCGCCAAUAUAUGGACAAACAUUUCGCUGAUUUCGUGAAUAGUAUUAAACAUUUAAUUGACACCAAAAACAUUGACGUCCUUAACGGACAGGAAAGCCUCAAUAACAGAGAGUGCUAUCGAAAGUUUGUGGACACUUUCAAUGAGAAGUGCUUCAAUAUUAACCAGAAUACCUAUGCGUUUGGAAAACUGCAAACAUUUGUGAAUAUUUGCGAGAAUCUGAUUGAAUCGAGUUAUGUAGACAACGCGGUUGAGCACCUGGCUAAUGUGUACCACGCGUACCAAAUAGUCAAAUCGCAUGGCAUACCACAGAAAAAUAUUAUCGUUUUCCACUACGAUGACCUCGCUUAUAACAAGGUUAACCCUACACCCGGUAUCGUAGUCAACACACUCGGUGGACCCGAUGUCUAUCACGGAGUACCCAAGGAUUAUACCGGACAUGAGGUCAACCCAAUGAACUUUGUGGGCGUACUUAAGGGUGAUAAAACACUAAAGAAAUAUAACAAAAAAGUGUUAGAAAGUGGACCCAACGACCAUGUUUAUAUCUAUUUCAUUGACCAUGGUGAUGAUGAUGUAAUACUGUUCCCAACGGAGUAUUUAUAUGGAGAGGAGCUGAAUGAGGCCCUAAAAUAUAUGCACCAAAACCACAUGUUUGCCAAAUUGGUGUUUAAUAUGGAAACGUGUCACUCAGGCUCAAUGUUUGAAAAGUUGUUACCGAAAGAUAUCAAUGUUUACGUGACAACAUCGACUAAACCCGAUGAAUUGAGCUAUGUCACCUAUUAUGAUGAACUCCGAAAGACCUACCUUGGUGACUAUUAUAGCGGUGCUUGGUUAGAAAACAGUGAGACCCAAGAUUUGGAUAAAGAAACUUUACAAGCUCAGUUUGAGUACCUCAGCAAAAAUGUGACCACCUCGACACCGCAGCAAUAUGGUGAUGUUUCAAUUGCUAAAUUACCAGUGUCACAAUUCUUUGGUAAUAAGCCCACAGGUUAUAUACCAAGUAAGCCGGUAUAUACUAAUGAUGCUGACAGGGAGGUGGUUAACCCUCGAGAUGUACCUGUGCUAUUGGCACAGAAAAAUAUUGCCUCCACUAAUGAUAUCAAUGAGAAACAAAAGUAUGCGAAAGAGUUGGAGUCUAUACUGAAAGGUCGCGAAUACGUGGAUAACGUGUUCAAUGAAUACGUGAAUAGUAUUCAACACUUAAUGCCAAACAUCGCAACCAAUGCUAUACUCCAUACGAAACAAGAGCUCAAUAAUAGACACUGUUAUCGACAACUGGUCGACACUUUCCACCAAAACUGCUUUAAUUUGAAUCAAGNCUAG